UUAUCUGCAACUCCCACCAUCAAUCAACAACGCUUCAAGGCACAAGCUUCAUAACCCUACUCAAUCUCUUCAACUCACAGCACCCAAAAUUCAAAACACCAAACUAUUGUACUAAUGAUUUAAUGGCUUCAACUUCAUCGUUGUACGAAGUGUUAGGGAUACCAGUGAACGCAAGUGGCCACGAGAUUAAAGCAGCCUACAGAAAACUAGCAAGAGCUUUGCAUCCUGAUGUUGUGUCUGUAAAACAGAAGGAUAUGUCAGCCAAUGAAUUCAUGAAAAUCCAUGCAGCUUAUUCCACCUUGUCUGAUCCUGAUAAACGAGCAAAUUAUGACAGGGAUCUUCAUAGGUUUCGCCAGCGGCCUACUGGCUUAUCUUCUCUCAGCUCUGCGACAAUAGCUGCUGCUUCUGGUUAUGCUUAUUGCGGUAGAAACUGGGAGACUGAUCAGUGUUGGUAGUGAUUUUUUCUUCUUUUUUUUAGAUUUCUGUGUCUUUUCUUGCCCGAAUGUGUUUUAGCUGAAAAGGGUUGUCGAUUUUGAUUCUCUGUUUCAAAUAUUCUGCACUAGAUCGAAACAGAGUAGAAGACAACCACAUGGCAGAAAUGGCAUCUGUAUUUAGACAGACCAUUGUAUAUGUAAUAAAUCUUUCGGUUCCCCUCUUA